AUGUUCUAUUCAGAGACCUUGCUGUCCAAGACCGGGCCUCUGGCCCGUGUCUGGCUGUCUGCCAACCUCGAACGCAAACUCUCAAAAUCGCACAUUCUGCAGUCGGAUAUCGAAAGCAGUGUCAGCGCUAUUGUGGACCAGGGACAGGCCCCCAUGGCUUUGCGAUUGAGUGGUCAGCUGUUGCUCGGUGUUGCUUUCCGUCUCACGAACAAUAAUGAUUUGACGACCAGUGCCGUGGUUGCCCCGGGUGGCAUCACUCUUCCUGACGUACUGACCGAAGCCGACCUGUUCAUGAACCUGGAUUCCUCUUUACUUAUAGCUCAACCACUUUCAUUGGAGCCGGAAGGAAAGCGGCCGGGUCCGUCAAUGGAUUUUGGAAGUCAGCUAUUCCCGGACACUGGACUGCGACGCUCUGUUUCUCAGGAACCCGCAUUAUUGGAGGAUGUCGGCGACCUUGAACUUAACCUUGGACUUGACGAUGAGACGGAUCUGACGUUCCCUCACGAUUUUAGUAUGGAAGUUGGACGAGACGCGCCUCCGCCCCGCCCUAUGGAAGAGGACAAUUUCAGUGAUGCCGGCAAGGUUCUCGAUGUUGGCGACCUGGGGCUGAAUCUCGGCGAGGAUGAUAUUCCCUUGGACUCUGUGAAUUUUGGGGCGGAUGAGGACAACUUCCUGCCUCCCGACGAGCCCAUGGAUCUUGGUGAUGACACGGUGGUUGCGGAUGGUGUCGCCGAUGGUGAUGAUGACCGAUUUGAGCGUGAGAGCACUCUCACGGAGGCUUCGGAAGAUAUGAUGGAGCGUCUGAACACGGAACAUAAUUUCGACCUCGACGACGAAGAGCAAGAUGACGAAACCAUUCAACAUGCGCAGCGUGCCAAGCGGAGAAAGCAACUUCCCACCAUCGAGCUUGAUGAGGAUGUCGAGUUCAAAGGAAACUCGUAUUUUCGAAUCCAGCAGGAACAACUUUCUGAGACUUUGAAGCCUGCCUCUUUUCUGCCCCGUGAUCCUGUUCUGCUGACGCUUAUGAACAUGCAAAAGAACGGCGACUUUGUCUCCAAUGUGAUGGGUGGCGGCGGACGUGGCUGGGCUCCUGAGAUUCGUGAUCUGCUGUCUUUCGAUACUGUCAAAAAAGCCGGUGAGCUGAAACGCAAGCGCGACAGUGGAAUCUCCGAUAUGGACGUCGAUGCCGCUACUGCCCCUGCUCUGGAAAUUGAAGAAGAGGCGAUUGUUCCUGUGGAUGAGGGUGUCGGCAUGGAAUCAACCCUGCACCAGCGCUCUGAGAUUGAUUUCCCUGGCGACGAAGAGGAGCACCUUCACCUCAGUGAAGACGAAGGUAUCCAGCAGCCUCUCGACGAUUUUGAAGACACUAUUGAGCCUGUCGACAGCGCAUUAGUGUCAGUCGGCACGAAACGCGCGGUGCACGUCCUGCGUGACUGCCUUGGCGACGCAGAGCAAACCAAGGCCGUCAAGUUUCAGGAUCUUCUGCCUGAGAAGAAAGCUACCAAGGCUGACGCCACCAAAAUGUUCUUUGAGGUUUUGGUCCUUGCUACCAAAGAUGCUGUUCAAGUUGAGCAGCGCUCGAACACUGUCGGCGGACCGAUCAAAAUCCGUGGCAAGCGUUCGCUUUGGGGUCAAUGGGCCGAAGAAGAUGCCACUGCUGAAGCCAGCCAGCCUCAGGUUGCAGCUUAA